AUUGGAUUCCGGGGCGAGGGUUAUGUUUCACACUAUGUGCUGACUGUCUGUACUUACAGAAGAUAUUUAAAAACGAACAGACUUUUUUUUCCCAAGAUUUUGAUUCCAGUGGAAUCUGUGCUUUAGAUUUUUGUCUUGUCGAUUAACUCCUGAAGCAAUGCCUGUACAAGCUCCACAAUGGACGGAUUUUCUCUCCUGCCCAAUUUGCACACAGACGUUCGACGAAACCAUCCGGAAGCCCAUCAGCUUGGGUUGUGGCCACACCGUCUGCAAGAUGUGCCUCAACAAGCUCCACCGUAAGGCAUGUCCCUUCGACCAGACCACUAUCAACACAGACAUUGAACUCCUCCCUGUGAACUCGGCCCUGCUGCAGCUAGUGGGUGCUCAGGUUCCUGAGCAGCAGCCAAUUACUUUAUGCAGUGGAGCUGAAGACACCAAGCAUUAUGAGGAGGGCAAGAAAUGUGUGGAAGAAUUGGCAUUGUACCUCAAACCACUCAGCAGUGCCAGAGGUGUGGGUCUCAACAGUACUACUCAGAGUGUUCUGAGUCGUCCCAUGCAGAGGAAACUUGUGACAUUAGUCCACUGCCAGCUGGUGGAGGAGGAAGGGCGGAUCAGAGCCAUGCGAGCGGCGCGGUCACUGGGCGAGAGAACAGUCACAGAGCUCAUUCUCCAGCACCAGAACCCUCAGCAGCUCUCUUCCAACCUCUGGGCUGCAGUGAGAGCCAGAGGCUGCCAGUUCCUGGGGCCAGCAAUGCAAGAGGAGGCUUUAAAGCUGGUCCUGCUGGCUCUGGAAGAUGGAUCUGCUCUGUCACGAAAGGUCUUGGUUCUCUUUGUGGUGCAGAGGCUGGAGCCCCGAUUCCCUCAGGCUUCCAAAACUAGCAUUGGGCACGUUGUCCAGCUCCUGUACAGGGCCUCAUGCUUCAAGGUGACAAAGCGAGACGAGGAUUCCUCCCUGAUGCAGCUGAAGGAGGAAUUUCGGACCUACGAAGCUCUGCGGAGGGAACACGACUCCCAGAUAGUUCAGAUAGCCAUGGAGGCGGGUUUACGCAUCGCCCCAGACCAGUGGUCCUCGCUGCUCUACGGAGACCAGUCUCACAAAUCCCACAUGCAGAGCAUCAUCGACAAGUUGCAGACCCCAGCCUCAUUUGCACAGAGUGUUCAGGAAUUAACUAUUGCUCUGCAGAGGACUGGAGAUCCAGCUAACCUGAAUCGUCUGCGACCUCACCUAGAGCUCCUGGCAAAUAUUGAUCCCAGUCCAGAUGCUCCACCUCCAACAUGGGAACAACUGGAAAAUGGACUAGUUGCUGUGAGAACUGUGGUUCAUGGCUUGGUUGAUUAUAUCCAGAAUCACAGCAAAAAAGGAACAGAUCAACAACAGCCCCCUCAGCACAGCAAGUACAAGACAUACAUGUGCCGAGACAUGAAGCAGAGAGGAGGAUGUCCCCGGGGGGCCAGCUGCACCUUUGCACACUCCCAGGAGGAGCUGGAAAAAUUCCGUAAAAUGAACAAACGUCUGGUUCCCAGAAGACCCCUGAGUGCCUCGCUGGGCCAGCUGAACGAGGUGGGCCUGCCUUCAGGAGCUAUCCUCUCAGAGGAGGGGGGAGUGGACUUGCCCAAUAGGAAAACCUCUGCCCUGCCAAAUGGAAUUGUGUCAACAGGCAGCACGGUGACACAGCUCAUCUCUCGAGGGACUGACUCAGGUUAUGAAACCGCUCUGAAGCCCGGGAAGAUGGACCAUCUGAGUAGCAGUGCCCCUGGAUCCCCUCCUGACUUGCUGGAAUCUGUCCCCAAGAGCUCUAUUUCUGCCUUACCAGUGAACCCUCAUCCUGUGCCCUCCCGGGCCCCAGCAGAUCUGCCCUCAGUGUCUGUCACCAAGCAGUUGCAGAUGGUACCACGAGGGUCUCAGUUGUACAAUGCUCAACAAGCAGAUAUGUUUUACCAAGACCCUAGAGGAGCUGCCCCACCAUUUGAGCCAGCGCCCUACCAACAAGGAGUGUACUACCCCACGCAGUCCAUGUCCCGCUUUGUCCGGCCGCCUCCCUCGGCCGCCGAGGCGGGCACCCCGUACCUGGAACCGUACGCGCCGUACCUGCCGGAGCGCGUGGUGAGCCCGCAGUACCCGCAGCCACAGCAGUACCCGCCGCUGGCACAGCCCCUGUACCCCCCGCACUAUGACAGCCGCCGUGUGUACCCCCCGGUGCCACCCUACCAGCGCGAGGACGUGGUGCGGGGCAGCCCCGUGCCCAUCGACAUCCCACCUGCCGCCGUCACCCCCUACGUGCCCGAGGCCAGAGACAGAUACCAGCAAGCAGAGGCAUAUUGCCCGGUGGCUCCGCACCUCGGCCAGAUCAGGCCUUCGUGCCACAGGCCUCAUCCCAGCCUGGAUGAACUUCACCGACGAAGGAAAGAGAUCAUGGCCCAGCUGGAGGAGAGGAAGGUGAUUUCUCCACCUCCUUUUGCACCGUCGCCAACCUUGCCUCAUCCUUUUCACUCAGAGGAGGUUUUUGUUUUUGUACAGUACUUGGAUGAAGACCUGAAGGUAGCUGGGAAAUACAAAGGAAAUGACUACAGCCAAUACUCCCCCUGGUCCUGUGACACCAUCGGCUCCUACAUUGGAACCAAAGAUGCAAAACCCAAAGAUGUCGUGGCGGCGAGGAGUGUGGACAUGGCGAACGUGGACAGCAAAGCCAUGCGUGAGCAGCGGCUGGACCUGCAGCGCCGGGCGGCCGAGGCUGGUGACGACGAUCUCAUUCCCUUUGGAGACCGACCGACUGUGUCGCGCUUUGGGGCCAUCUCCCGCACUUCCAAAGCCAUGUACCAGAACUCCGGGCCCAUGCAGGCCAUGGCGGUUCAGGGAGCUGCCACCAAGUCCAUCAUUUCAGACUACAGUCCUUAUGGAACUCAUGGUGGCUGGGGAGGCUCUCCAUAUUCUCCUCAUCAAAAUAUACCUUCUCAGGGACGUUUCAAUGACAGGGAGAGGCUGUCCAUGUCGGAUGUGGCUGGUCACGGGAAGCAGUUGCCCUCAGCCGAGCGAGAGCAGCAGCUGCGCAUGGAGCUGCAGCAGGUGGACCAUCAGAUCAGCCAGCAGACACAACUGCGGGGACUGGAGGCUGUUAGUAACAGGCUGCUGUUGCAGAGGGAGGCGACUACCCUGGCAGGCCAACCACAGCCCCCACCCCCGCCUCCCAAGUGGCCUGGGAUGAUCUCAAGUGAACAGCUGAGCUUGGAGCUACACCAGGUGGAAAGGGAAAUUGGGAAGAGAACCCGUGAGCUGAGCAUGGAGAGCCAGUCUUCAUUGGAUAUGAAAAACAAACUGGGCACCGCUAAACAGACAGAAAAUGGACAAUUAGAGCCACAAAGCAAGGUUCCAACUGAGGACCUCGCACUGACAUUCAGCAGUGAUGUUCCGAAUGGGUCGGCUUUGACACAAGAGAACAUUGGCCUCCUGUCAAACAAGGCGGCGUCUCUGAGCUUGUCAGAGGAGCCUGAGGGAGGAGGGGACAGCCACGACUCCCAGCGAGCCGGAGUCACACCCACAUCUGCUCCAUGAAGCCAGGCCAGCACACCCCGAGCUCCUCCUGCCAGGGUGGCAGCACCUUCCAUCACGUUUUUUUUCCAGGGGUAAUUGGAGAAAGCCAGGAGCAGCAGCAGUAGCAGAGCAGCAGGUCCAGAGGCAAUGUGCACAAACACAACUACUAGAAACAAAUCCUGCACAUAGUUCACAUUAACGCAUUUUUUAAUUAAAAAAAUGAAAAUUAGCAGUAUCUGCAAGCAAUUCAAAUUAAAUUUGUUUUUGUUCUGUGAAUGAACUUUAUUUUAAUAACUUUGGACGCCUUGAAUCCCAGGGCUUAAAAAAAAAGAUAUUAUAUAUAUACUCUGUUUGAUUAAUUGUAUGAUCUUAAUGAAGUAGGUUUUUUCUUUUAUUUUGGUAUUAUUACAUACCCAGUGCAUAAUUCCUUAUCACCUUAAUUUCUCAAUGACUAAAACAAUCUGGCCGCUUCCUUGUGUGGUUUAAGAGUAAACAAGGAAUGAGGGUUGGAGAGUAGCUGUGAAAUUGCAGCGUCAAAAGAUGUGCAGCAAACUUCAUUCUUCCCAUUGUGGCCAGGAGCUGAACCCCAGCUUCUUACUUAAAUCGUUGAAUUUAAACUACAAGUGACAGAAUCCUUGCAAUUCAGCAGGUGUUGUGGUUUGGUUUUUUAAAGGUGGCAUUGUUUAAGGUCUGUAUGUUAGAAAUUGGCACCUGAGAGUCAGCCUGCAGCUUGUCUGUCAGUGCUGCAGUGAAUCCUUCCUGGAUUCUCCUUUCCUAAGGAAAAUAUUGCAUCAAAAUGGCCACUGGAGGUGCAGCACAAAUCCUGCCAGAAGUACUGGGAAGCAAAUUUGCUUGACAGAUCCAAUGCUUUUCCAAGUAGAUGCUUUGUAAGUAUAAGCUGGAGAAGCCAUCAACCUUUUUUGAUGUUUUCUUUAAAAAUUAAAGAAAUGAAAGAUUUUAUUCUUGCUGCACGUUUUUUGACUCCUUUGACAUACACUAGGGUGAGACCCUGGAUACAAAGAACCCUGGAGAACGAUUUUAAAGUGCUGCUCCCUCUGCACCUUCUUGGCCUGUGUUCUCUUUUUUUUUUUCUGGGUUAGACUACUAAAUGGGAAAGCACUGGUUAUGUAAUAAAUUACUGCAUUGCUUUGGUUGGGUAAAGCAAGAGUUAUUGAAUUUUCUUGGGUUUUAGUUUUUUUCCUUAACCUUAACUCCUGCUGAGGUCGUAGCAACCUUGGGCUAAGCUUUGCAUUCAUCAUACUGUUAAAUAAAACAAAAGGGGGGGUGGGAGGGGAUACAGUCUCACUAUUGCCUACCAGUAGGAGAGUCCAAACAGAAGACUCUUUUGAGUAGCAAUUAUUUAAUUUGCCCAGUCAAGGCACCGCGUUUAUAUACUAUUUCACAUUGAAUUUGAUUAUGCCCUACAGACCUGGCUGGUCAAGGAUUUGAUACACAUAUUGGCUUGGGAUUCGAGCUUUCUUUUUUAUUUAAAUAAAAAUUUAUAUAUAAAUAUAUAUAUACAUAUAUACAUAGUUAUAUCUGUAUAUAUAUUGGGUAUGUUUUAAGAAUUUUUUCGCAUGAGCGCAGCUGUUGUGAUCAAAUGUCUGGGAGGUAGAAGCACUGAAUGAAAAUAAAGGCAUUUUUCAGCUCACACCCCCCACUCUCCAUAUGUCUUCACAUGGGUUUAUUUCACUCUUAGUUGAACUUUGGCCUCUGCAUUGCCAAGAGUAGUUUGAGGCUUGCUUUGUUUUCUAGCCCCUCCUAACUUUGGGCAAAGAACCAUCUUUGCACUAGAGCAGCUUCACCUCCAGCUUGUCCCCACCCAUCCGUACCUGCUGCUUGAGGCCAAGCAUUCCAGCCGCUCCCCUGGAGACCAGCAGGGCUGGGGGGAUGCAGUUAUGAGUCUGUUCCUCCCUUCUCUGCUCUGGCCAGGAGGAUGAUGAAGGUGUUUCCCUGGCUGCCUGCUUCCAAGUCACCUGGCACAGGCAGCCUGCCCUCUCCUCCCAUCAUUUAGUGCAGAGCACCACCCUCAAGUCAGCCUUCUCCUUGGUUUUAAUUAGUUUAUACCUUCCUGCUGUGUCUAUAUUAACACAGGAAGCUCACCUUAGUCGAGAUAUUUAGUGCAAUAUUCUAAACUAGGAGGACAAGCCCAGAAUGUUCCUUUUUUGACUGCAGUAAUUGUGGAUGUAAAAUUAAUUUUCAAAGACGGUUACAAUAGGUUUGACUCCCAACAGAUUCAUUUGCAACACUAGGAAGAAAAUCUGGAGGGCGAAAACCUUUUUACCUUUUAUUUAACUAGUUCUCUUGCCAGAUUAGGGAUUUUUCCUUUCUCCACUUUUUCUACUGGGAGUAAUUCUGCAGUACGAACUACUCAGAUUGCUGGCCUGCAUAUGGUGAAUGCUUCCAAAACUUGGGGAUUAGAAAAGAGACCUUACUGUUUUGGGUUGUUUUUUUUUUCUCUUUCAUCCAACUGUCCGUGCUGUACUUCGUGUGUAGUGUCCUUGUUGUGAUCAGUGUGUCCAGGUGAAUGCCCUGUUUGCCCAGAAUUAUAGUUUGGCUUGUUAAAUAGUGUGUUUAAUAUCUACUAACAGUAUUGAUUUUUAGCUUUGGUUCUUCCCCUCCUCCUUUUCCCCUUUUUCUGCCUUUUUUUUUUUCUUUUUGCAGAAGUUAAGUUGAUUAAAACAAGUUGAACAGCAAAGUGCAGUGCAUGCUUUUCAGUCUUUUUCUGAAAACUGCACGUGAAAUGUUCCCUUUUUGUGGAAAAACUGGGAGAACUCAGAGAACAGAGAGCUCUCCAUGCAGUUGGCAGCAUUGAUGGUUACAGCAAAUAAGCUGAAAGUCAAAAUGUCUGGAGCGACUCUAUCCUGCUACGGUCAUUGCUAUAGCCCAUCACUGUCCCAUUUGUACAGGAGUGCUGCCCACCUCUGUGAAAUCAGUCUUGGCUACGGAUUGCUUUAGUUCCUUCUACCUGGGCAAGAAGGAGCAGUAUUACCAUGGUGUUAGGGCACUGCUGCAUCCUUUGGUAGGUAGAUGGAAUUUCCUACUGCACCAGACAGCUCUUAACCCUCGCUGAUACCUGGGUUCCAGCCCCGGCACGGACAAACCCCCCCAAAUAGAAAGCUUCAAGCAGAAGGUUGAGCUUCAGUGCAUCAGUGAUACAGUCAGUGUAGAAAUGUCUGUUUAUUCUGUAGUGUUACUUUCCUUUUCCUGUCAACAUCUCUUCUUCCUUUCCUGUGACCUAGUUCUGAUUUCUUAAUAGGAGAAAUUUAACCUGUUUCUUCUGCCCCUCUUACCUGCUGUCCCAUUUCAGUGUAGGACUAGAUCAGAGCACCUUUCAAGCUUGCAGCACAGUUAUCCCCUUCGUUCUCAAGAUCUUUUCUGUCUUGUUUUUUCUGAGCCUUCACUCCCUUUUUUUUUUUUUUUCCUCCUUUCCUCCUGUGGCUUGCCCAUCCACCCUCCCUGGUUGUGUAACAGUGACAGCUUGCUGCCUCAAAACAGAGCAUUCAAAUGAAUUCGCUUAGCCAAUAACUUCUGUGAAGUUGCCUUUUCUAAUGGUGUUAUUACUCAGUGAUGCACAAAUGUGAUAUUGCCCCUACUGGUAGGCAAACGGGGGAUCUGUAUAAACAUGAUAGACUGCUGUUUUCUUUAAAGGAGAGCCAAAGACUUGUGCUUUACACUUUUUUUUCCCCCUGAUGUAGCCAUUUUGAUUGUCAAGCGUUUGUAGGGUAUCGUGAGUUGACUGUAUUAUCCUAAUAACAAUUUCCAGAAGUUAAUGAUUGUCAAGCCUUGCCCAUGCAUUCAAUUGUGGAAAAUCAUUCCAUUGAGUCAUACAAUUUGCAAUGUACUGACAUGUAUCUGGGGUGUUGUGAUGUACUUUCAGUCUCUCAUGCACUCUCUCAGCUGAUGGAAUGGCUCAUUUGGAGAGGGAGAAGGAACAUAGAAAUCUCAUAAUCCAAGAAGCCUUGUCUUUAAGUGUUUAAAUCUAAAUUGAAUACUGAUGGAAAAUCUCUUCAGUUACAUUAAAAGAUAAAUCUGUGUUACAAACGUGACUGACUUUUAAGCCCAUUGGAACUGGAAAGACUUGUCAGACUUUACAUUACAUUAAAUUAGAUGUACAAGAACCAAACUUGUAUGGUCAUAUUGUCUCUUGACAGCACAAACUGAGUAAGGUGGGGCAAAUUCUUGUCUUAAAAAAGGGCCAGGACAGAGGCUCAAGGGCAGGAGUGCCAGCUUCCUUCUUUGCUCUAAAAUAGGGAAAACACCCAGACAUAUAAGCAGUGUGCAAGUUUUGUGCUUGUCUGUGUGUGUAUGAGGAAGUGUUUGUCGUCCUAGGAUAGACAGAGCAGUGCUAGGCCAUGAUUCAAGUUCUGUCAUAAUCCACUUCCCAAAACACAGCCUUCCAUUUUGCCUCCUAAUGUUGCUGAUAUAAAAACAACCAAAAAACCUCAGUGUGUCAGCAACUUAAUUUCUUGUAUCGUAAUAUAUCAAGUUACCUGGAUGAAAAAAAAAACAACCCAGGAAGCAAAAGUUGUUGAGUUGACAUGAAUUGGAAAAACAUCUGCCUCCCUUGAGUAAUGUAAACUGAAUUUCUGAGGGAAGUGAAGCAGAUCUUCUGAGCCACCUUUUGGGUACAGCCUUGGUGCCAAGAGCUGGGUGGUUGUUACUUGUAAAUCAACAUACUGAUUAUUUUGUAGCACAAAUUGAUUUGCUCUCACAUCAAGUAGACACUGAAAUGUCAAAAAUAUCAUUGGGAGUUCUCUUUUCCAUAGUCAAGUGUUACCAACUGCAUUAUUUUCUGUGGGAAUACCAAUGGAUGAAAGAGGCUGGAGUAAGUUAGUUCAAAUUACACAGUAGAAGUAAGGAAUUUUGGAGAAUGUUAUUGCAGUACAGUGUCCUUACACAGUUAACAUAUGGUCUUCAUUCUUCUGUAAGAAGAAGAAUGUAAUUGCUUAGUGUUGUCACAGCCUCCAAGGCACUUCUUGUGAUGCAAGUAGAGCUUAAUUAGCAGGGAAAGGAGAACAAACUUAAUGCUUAUUUUGUUUGUAAUAUAAUUUCCUAAUGGCAAGUGUGAUAUCAUGUCGUGGGAAGUCUUUGAACAAUGGUAAGCAAAGAGGCUGCAGCUUUUCCUGAAAUUUCCCAAAAAAACAAGCAUGUAGCAAUGUGGAUUUGUCUGCAUAGGAACAUCCCAGUCAUUUGAAGCUUAAAGUAUGUGGCCAUAAUAUUCAAAAUUGUGUGCCUGUAGCUUAGUAACAUGGAUAAUUAACUGAUCUUUCCCAGACAAUCUUUGCAAUUCCAGUGAGUUUGUGUAUGAUUUGAGUGCCAAUUGCCAAGUGUUCAGCAGUUGGGAAGGUUUAGGUGACAAGGUACAUCCAGCAAGGCAGCUUUCUUUGGAUAUACCAUAUCGAUGUUUUCAUAUGCCAGGAAACAACUGAUUCUGAGAUCUGAAAGCUCUAGGAAAACACAAUUAUCAACUUCAAUUUGAAACAUGUAGUGUUGGGAGAGAUGGAAGCAACAGGUGCUGCAGUGUCUCUGGAAAUAAAAAGCAUUAGACAUGGUGGAAUUACAUGUGAAAUAUAUAUGGGGAAAAUAUAUCUGUAAGCAAAAAGGAAAAAGAAAAUCUUGUGGAAUAUUUGAUGUUUAAGAAAUUAUUUGCUUCUUUGUAAUGUUAAAAAUACCUAAUUUAUAGUUCUGUGGCAGACAGUACUCACAAGUCUUUGGCAUCCAAACCAGACUGUGUAUUGGAUGGAUCCCACAACUGGAUGUGUGUGCUGACCUCUUUAUUUGUAGCUUUUUAAAAAGAAACUUGGCAGCAGCCUUUUAAAAAUGUGUGAAGCAACCUGAGGGAGAGGAGGAGAAGCCGCCCCGUUCACCUCCCAGCUGCUGCCCAGCUCACAAUUGGGACCGUUCACCCGCAGCCUCUCGCAGGUGAAGCUGCUCAGCUUGGGCAAAUCAAAUGAUUUUGAGGGUUUUUCCUAAUUUUAAGGAGUUCCCAUUCCCCCUUUGGCUUCUGCUUGCUGUGUAAGCAGCCUCCAUGCUAAAAGGAGCUUUCCUUGCAGUCGGCUUAGCAACCGUGCUGUAGCUUGGCUGUUCUUCCCUGUUUCCUGUAACUGGUAGUGGAGUGUCGAGCUCUCUCCCCAUUGUAUUUGCUGCUGUGGGGAGGAAGACGUAAGAAAAGGCACAUGUGAGAGGAGGGAGGAAGAACUGUGGGAUCUCUACAACGGCUCCCACACCCUCUUUGAAAUCAUCUGCUUCCAGUUGUGGGAUUUCUCUAUAGAUGAUCUUUUUUUUCCUGGUUUCUGUAAGCCUAAUUUUCUUCGAUCUUAUUAGUUCCGUACAAGUCUCCCCGAGACAUUCUGCAGUCAUUAUCACCUUUUUGGGUGGAGUUUUAUUUUAAUUUUUUGGUUUGUUUGUUUUUUAAAUAACUUUUUAAUAUUGGUGCGUAUAUGCUUGGGAUAGAGCUCAUGUAAUUUUCCAAUCGUAUUGAUUGUAUGUGAUUGUGCCCUGCAGAGGUAUAUUUAACAAAAAUAAAAUAAAGGAUAGUCUAGGUAAUAAAAUGGAGA